AGUUGAAUACAACUGUAUACCUUAACAGUUUACAAAUAACUUAUUUGCACUCUUUGAUUUCUUGAAAUACUAUAUUCCUACAAUUCUGUAUUUCUUGGGAGGGGUCGUUAAUACACUCUUGGAUUACAUGUUUGCAUGAUAACCUGGUAAAACACAAACUGGAAUUGGCACACACGUUUGGAAUAUCGAUAACUUGGCUGCUACUGCUCUUUGAGGUUUUUUAUUGUCAAUAUCCUACCCUCCUGCUCAUCGUCAUCAUACGAAGAUAAAAACUAAAUCAAAUGAUGUCAAUAACUAGACAGCUCAUCAUUUUGGUCUUAUGUGUUCUGGUUGUUUCUGUAAGCACUGAUGCAGCGGAAUGUACCUCCGAACUUAGUGUAGAAGCAGGGUGCGAUCAGUGCACGGACUGGGGUCAUUGUGAACAGGAAACUGUUCCUGUUGACCCAUGGCUUCAAUAUGCAUUAAAGACACAACGUGAAUUGCAGAUCGAUGCGACCUUUGACCAAUUCAUCAUGUUAGAUUCUCACAAUAGUUUCCAGGCUAGAGCAUAUGGGCUGAGAUAUGGAGCUAAUGAUACUUGUGUGUGGCCACCCCCUUACCCUGAGAACUGCACAUCGAUUGCUAAUCAUGAAUUCACCAUCAUUGACCAACUGAACCUCGGUAUUAGAGGCAUUGAGAUUGAUAACUGGUACUGCUAUGGGGCGAUGCGUGUAUGCCAUCUAGGUGUUCAUGAAUACCUUGGUGUAUGUGAAUCUGAUCACAUGUUAUUUAGUGAUCUCAUCAGCGAUAUUGGACAGUGGUUAGAUCAGCCAGAGAACCAAGAUGAAAUCAUUCGACUUUACUUUAAUGAGAAGACAGAUCAAGGACAUGAUGAUGAAGUAAAUGACAUAAUCCAAGGAGCUUUUGGAACACGGGUCCUCACACCAGCAAAUCUGAGGGAUACAUAUGGUGGUUCAUGGCCAACCAUUCGAAAGAUGAGAGAGGAUGGGAAGCAUGUUCUUAUAGCAGCAGGUGGUACAGAUGGAUUCUUUACCCAUGGUGAUGUCUACAUUCAUCCAUUAUACUUUGAUGUUGAUGUCAGAACGAACCUGUAUCUACCUUAUCCAGACUGCAGUGGCCGAAAUGAUACUAACAUCGUACGUGUGUACAGUGACAGCUUAAACUUUCCACUUGUAGAGAAAGGAUAUUACAGCGGUGAGGAUACUGUGGGAUCUAUCAAAGACUUGAGUGAGUAUGUAAAAUGUCGUAUCCAGUACCCAGCUAUGGACAUGAUCAACACAAACCUAGUCAAGACUGGUGUUUGGACAUGGGCCGAGAGACAACCCAAUGGAGAGCUCACUUACGACUCCUGUGUCAUGCUUAAAGGCACCGAUCACCGUUGGUAUGUAUCUUCUAACUGUUCUGAAAACCAUUAUUACGCUUGCCAACACGACAGUGAUGACGAGGUGUGGACAGUGAGUGACGAGGCGGGACCGUAUUCGACAGAAGACAAUGUAUGUCCACAAGGAUACUCCUUCAGCAUCCCUCAUGAUGGAUACAGAAAACAAAAGUUGAUCGAGUCUUCAUUGGACGAGGAUGUCUGGCUAAAUUUCUCCCCAUGGCUUCCGUCUGGUCCCGUAGAACCAACUGAUGAAGUGAUGACCACUGAGUCUGCUGCAAACCGUCUCAUCAGCAUACCAUGGGUUGUCCUGGCAGUCCUAUGCGGCGUACUUUUGCUUUGAAUCUCCAUCGCAUAAACUCAGCAAAAUCCACCAUGUAAAAUCUGUUAACAUUGAAACUCAUUUUGAAAUAAGUUUGAAUGUAUUAUAAAAUAAGUGUGAUUGAUUUAUUUUCCAUUCAGAUUAUUCGAGUAAUAUUUGCCAGAAAAAUGUAUAGAAGAAAUAUCCGUAGAUAUUAUCUCAUGAGUAAGCCCAGUUUUAGGGAGGGGUGUUUCUUCGUUAAACAAACAAAAAAUGUUGCAAGUCCCCCCCCAAAAAAAAAAAACAUUAUUAUGUACAUGCGACUAGAAAAAAAGAACCCCUGAAAAACGAAAAAAAAAUGUGUUAAUCAUCUUUUGAUGACGGAUUGCGUCAAAAACUAAUAAUUUGAAAGGAAAAGAAGUCAAAUUUGAUAUCACAGAUUUUCGUGUUGGUCGAAUUGUUCUUAAAAUUGUCAAGGUGUUACUAAAAUGACCAUGGGAAGCGGGGGUGCUAGGGGUGUUGCGUGUAUUAAUUUCCAUAGGCAGCACCCCUUGGAAUUGUGGUAGGUGUUAGAAAAUGGAAAAAUGUAAUCAAAAUAACUUUUGUUUUGUAGUGAAACGCCCUCUUUUUGCUUGUCAAAUUUACAUCAGCAUCCCCACACAAAAAAAUCGUUCCCAGAAAAGAUAUGCCUAUCUUCAGGAACAUUUUGAAUGGUAAAAUUGAUUCAUUAAAGAUAAAAUGUAAGAAGAAAAAUGUAAAAAUAGACAUUAAUCCUUUGACCGGUUUGUUUUGAAAAUAUAAAAAUGUUCAAUUAUUUUGCCACUAGGGUAUCUUAGUUUGCUUCAGAAGUGAUGUUUGUGGUUUACUGAUCAAUUAAUAGUGAAAGAUUCUUCACUAAAAAUCAAUAGAAUAUUAUGAAACGCCCAGAGUCAACCCUAAAACACAAAAUGACAAAAACAAAUCUCAUAGGUCUUUGGACACGCCUAAGUGUUUUCUAAAACGAUUUUUCAUCUUCAAGAUAAAAUCAUUUUGAAGCCUGAUAUUUACCUUUUAUUUUGAUAUCAAAUUGUCACUGUGCUUGAAGAACAUAAGUGAAUAAAUUGUAAAUGACUGUAAAAAAAACUCA